GACCUCGAGCAACAGUUCCAGGCCGGCAAGCUCGGCAUGUGGCUGUUCCUCGCCCAGGAGGUGCUCUUCUUCUCGGGCCUGUUCGCCGCGUACACGGUGUUCCGCUGGCACUACCCCGAGGUGUUUGUCGACGCGCACCACCACCUCAACAAGACGCUCGGGGCGAUCAACACGAUCGUGCUGCUGGCGAGCAGCUUGGCGAUCGCCUGGGGCGUGCGGGCCGCGAUGCGGAACGACCGCCGUACGAUCCUCAACACGCACGUCUUCACCCUCGGCUGCGCGGCGUUGUUCCUCGGCGUGAAGGCGAUCGAGUACACCCACAAGUGGGACGAGGGCAUCGGCCCGGGCAACUUCUAUAAGUUCAGCGGCGGCCACCUCGAAGCCGACUGGCACUUCGCCGACUACAUGCCAAGCCUGGCGAUCGGUUCGCUGGUCAUCGGCGCCGCCAUCACGUUCUUCGGCGCCCGUUGGGCCGGCGCCUCCAAGCCCGUGAAGGGCUGGGUCACCGCGUCGAUCGGCGUCUGCGUGCUGUCGUUCGGACUGGGCAUCGUGCUCGCCAAGUGCAUCAUGCCGACCGAGGCCGAGGUGGCCCGCGCCGGCGGCCACGACGCUCACGCCGCCGAUCACGCCGCUGAGUCGCAUGAAAGCGAUGCGGCGCCGACCGAAGGAACCGAUCUGGCGGCCGUGACUUCGGCCGCCGCUCCCGGCGAGGGAGAGACGACCGCCGCCGGCGAGGUCGAUCCGAAGUCGCCGGAAGAGCAGGCCCAAGACGUAGCGGCCGCCCCCCGCGGCGCCGCCUUCGGGCCGGCCAACUUCUUCGCGAUCUACUUCAUCAUGACCGGCGUCCACGCCGUGCACAUCAUCGCCGGCAUCAUCGCGAUCACCUGGGUCGUCGCCAAAGCCGCCGCUAGCGAGUUCUCCGCGGAGUACUUCCUGCCGGUCGAGAAUGUCGGCCUCUACUGGCACAUCGUUGACUUGGUGUGGAUUUAUUUGUUCCCGCUGAUUCCCCAGGUCCUCUGGGCGACGUUCGGCGCGCUGGUGGCGCUGACGCUGCUGACCGUCGCCGUCUCGACGGUGCCGCUGAAAGACUUCCCGGUGCAGUACUUCCUGCCGAUGGUCUUCAACGACCCGAUGGACCUGACGUGGCUCGACAUGCCGAUCACGCUCACCAUCGCGACGGCCAAGGCGUUGCUGGUGGCGGUGAUCUUCAUGCACCUCCAGCACGACAAGCUCUUCAACAGUAUCCUGAUGAUCGGCGCGAUGGUCUUCCUGGUGCUGUUCCUCGGCAUGACCGUGCUCGACAGCCACGAGUACACGCCGGACGUCAACAGCUACAAGGCGGACAAGGCGGCGGAGGCGAACCCGACGGACAAGUCCUCUCCCCGGUCGCCCGGAGCCGCCGUGAAACGCUACUGCCUGCCGCUCGCCGCGGCCCUCGGCGCGCUGAGCGCUAUCUCGAUCGCUAAUAUCGCGAACGCCCAGUCGCCUGCCUCGUCGUCGAUCGCCUGGAGCGACGUCACGGCCGACGCCUUUGCCGCCUCGCACCGCACCGGCAAGCCGAUCCUCGUCUACGUCACGGCCGAGAAGUGCGCCUUCUGCCGCAAGAUGGAGAAGGAGACCUGGAGCGACCCAGCGGUCGCCCAGAUGGUCCGCACGGGCUACGUGCCGCUGAAGCUGCACGCUGACACGCACCCCGACGAGAUCGCGUCGCUGAGGGUCCGGGCGUUCCCCGCGACGAUCCUCGUGACGGCCCAGGGCAAGCCGUUCGCCGGCCGCGUCGGCUUCGUCGAGCCGGCGAAGCUCGUCGAGAUGCUCCAACCCGAAGUCGCCGUCGCGCCAUCGAUCCGCCAGCCGGCGCUGUAG